CGCCAGCCCUCGGGAGUCGUGGAGUCACCGAAUAAACUGGGUUGGAUAAGGGCUCUGAGAUCAUCGCGACCAACUUGUGGCCGAACACCAUGUCUACCAGACCAUGGCACCAAGUGGCACGUGCGGACUUUCCGUGACCAUCUCUAGGGAUGGUGACUCCACCACCUCCCUGGGCAGCCCAUCCCAGUGUCUAAUUACACUUUGAGUGAGGAGAUUCUUCCAAAUGCCCAGCCCAAAGUUCCCCUGGCACAGCUUAAGACCAUGUCUUCAUACUACCCACGUCCCUUCCCAAAUGGAUAAUCCCUGCCUGGCUAUACAGCCUCCUUUCAGUUUUUGAUCUUCUUCCUUAUUCCAACAAGCGAGUGGUACUGAACUUCUUGCAACAAGCUUUUGGGGAUCCUGUGCCAAAUGAAGUGUACCUGCUUUCAACAUUCAAAUUACAGCCAAAGAGUACAGCCACUGUUUUUGGCCUAUAUUCAUCAGCUGACAACAGCAAGUAUUUAGAAUUUACGGUAAUGGGACGGAUGAGUAAAGCGGUGCUGCGCUAUCUGAAGAGUGAUGGAAGGCUGAAUUCCGUGAUCUUUAGCAACAUCCAGCUGGCUGAUGGGAAACCCCAUGCUGUCAUCUUGUGGCUGAGUGGCCUGCAGCAGGGAUUGAGCACGAUAGAAUUGUAUCUGGAUUGCCUGCAAGUAGGUGCCAUUGAGGACUUGCCAAAACCAUUUUCAGCACUGUCUCAGAAGGUGGUGGCAGCUGAGUUGCGCACUCUCCAGGAGAAGCCACAGGAUACACUGGAUGAGCUAAAGCUGGUAACUGGAGGAACCCUUGCUGAAGUGGGAAACCUGCAGGAUUGUUUUCUUCAACAAAUUGAGCCUGUACCUCAGUACACUGGUGAUUUUAAUAGGCAGCUGAUGGGUCAAAUGAUGCAGAUGAACCAAAUACUGGGAGAUGUGAAAGAGCUUCUUAGACAACAGGUCAAAGAAACAACUUUUCUGAGAAAUACCAUAGCAGAGUGCCAAGCAUGUGGUUUAGGCACUGUGAGUUUUCCGACUCAGCUUCCUAGGCGCGCUAAACCGAAAUGUGAAGUUAAUUCCUGCUUCAGGGGAGUGAGGUGCAUGGAGACAGCAGAGGGAUUUCAGUGUGGGCCCUGCCCCGAAGGACUCACAGGAAAUGGAGUUACAUGCUCAGAUAUUGAUGAGUGUCGUUACAACCCUUGUUUCCCUGGUGUGCGAUGUGUGAACACUGCUCCAGGUUUCCGAUGUGAGACAUGUCCUCCAGGAUAUACAGGACAAGCCAUGCAAGGGAUAGGACUCAGCUAUGCUAAGAGCAAUAAGCAGGUCUGCAUAGAUAUUGAUGAAUGUCAGAAUGGAGGACUUGGACUCUGUGUUCCGAAUUCCCAUUGCAUAAACACUUUGGGGUCUUACCGCUGUGGCCAGUGCAAACCAGGAUAUACAGGAGACCAAACAAGGGGAUGCCAGGCUGAACGAAGUUGUAGGAAUCGAUCCCUUAAUCCAUGCAGCAUCCAUGCCCGUUGUAUUGAGGAGAGGAGAGGAGAUGUGACAUGUAUUUGUGGCAUUGGCUGGGCUGGUGAUGGCUACAUUUGUGGAAAAGAUGUUGACAUCGAUGGCUAUCCUAAUGAAGAACUCUCAUGCUCUGCUGAAAACUGCAGAAAGGACAAUUGCAGAUUUGUCCCAAACUCUGGACAAGAAGAUGCUGAUGGUGAUGGGAUUGGAGAUGCCUGUGAUGAUGAUGCAGAUGGAGAUGGCAUUCCCAAUGAGCAGGAUAACUGUGUUUUGGUUCCCAAUGUUAACCAGAGAAACAGUGACCAAGAUAUCUUCGGGGAUGCUUGUGACAACUGCCGUAAUGUCCUGAAUAAUGACCAGAGGGACACAGAUGGUGAUGGGAAAGGAGAUGCUUGUGAUGAUGACAUGGAUGGAGAUGGUGUUAAGAAUCUUUUGGAUAAUUGUCAGAGAGUUCCCAAUGAAGACCAGGAGGACACAGAUAAUGACGGUGUUGGUGAUGCCUGUGACAGCUGCCCUACAAUCAGCAACCCAAACCAGUCGGAUGUCGACAAUGACCUGGUUGGAGAUUCCUGUGAUACCAAUCAGGACAGCGAUGGUGAUGGGCACCAGGACAGCACAGACAAUUGCCCUACUGUUAUUAACAGCUCCCAGCUGGACACAGAUAAGGAUGGGCUGGGUGAUGAGUGUGAUGAGGAUGAUGAUAAUGAUGGCAUUCCUGACCUCUUGCCCCCGGGCCCUGACAACUGCAGACUGGUCCCCAACCCAGGGCAGGAAGAUGAUAAUGGUGAUGGAGUUGGCAAUGUCUGUGAGUCUGAUUUUGACCAGGAUACAGUGAUUGAUCGGAUCGAUGUGUGUCCUGAGAAUGCAGAGAUCACCUUGACAGACUUCAGGGCCUAUCAGACAGUGGUGUUGGACCCAGAGGGGGAUGCGCAGAUUGAUCCCAACUGGGUGGUUCUGAACCAGGGGAUGGAAAUUGUGCAGACUAUGAACAGUGAUCCUGGCCUUGCUGUUGGUUACACGGCUUUUAACGGCGUUGACUUUGAGGGCACUUUUCAUGUCAACACAGUGACAGAUGACGACUAUGCUGGCUUUAUUUUUGGUUAUCAAGACAGCUCUAGCUUUUAUGUAGUAAUGUGGAAACAGACGGAACAGACGUACUGGCAAGCAACUCCCUUCCGAGCUGUUGCAGAGCCCGGCAUUCAGCUGAAGGCUGUGAAAUCCAAGACAGGUCCUGGUGAGCACCUCCGCAACUCCCUCUGGCACACAGGGGACACCAACGAUCAGGUCAGACUGCUCUGGAAGGACCCCCGAAAUGUAGGGUGGAAAGACAAAGUCUCCUAUCGCUGGUUCUUGCAGCACAGACCUCAGAUUGGUUAUAUCAGGGCAAGAUUUUAUGAAGGCUCUGACCUAGUGGCAGACUCUGGUGUAACUAUAGACACCACAAUGCGUGGAGGACGGCUUGGAGUUUUCUGCUUCUCUCAGGAAAACAUUAUUUGGUCCAACCUGAAAUAUCGCUGCAAUGACACCAUCCCAGAGGACUUUCAAGAAUUUCAAGCGCAGCAAUUUGGUGUUGGGGAUAUUUAAGAAGUAAAAGCAAACUAACAUUGCUAUUGCAAACAGUAAAACAAUAUAUUUUAAAUCCUUAUAUUAUUUUUGUUGUCAGAGUGCACACCGCAGCUUUGUUCUCAUUGAUGUGACUAUGUCAGACUUUUUUUUUGUAUAAAAGUGAAAAUAAAAAGGAGACAAAAUAGACUUGGGCUUCACUUCUUUUCAAAUUUGCCCUAAAAUCUAGAGAGCAACAUGUAAAUGGAGUGACAGCUUGCUUAAAAGAAAAGUUCGAAUCUACUGCCUUUUUGGAUUCAGUAUUAAACAGGGUGGGGAAGAAAGUGAAACUUUCUCUACCUUGAAUGUGUUGUAAACAGCAGGGUGCAGCUGGUAAUGAAGUGGUUUGGAGCUGUCUGGCUGAGCCAAGUAAUACCUUUCCUGUCCUCCUAGGAAUAGGUUGUGUCUCCAUUAGGAAAUUUUAAGGCCUUUGGAGACUGUUACCUUUGGCAGACCUCCUCUAAGCAAUGUAUUAGAUCUCCCACUCUAAAACUGUGAGGAACACCAUCACAUCCUGGAAAAGCAAAAAAGCAGACAGCAGAGCAUUGUAGUCACAUCUUAAGACUUGUAUGCAACUAAAACUAACAAACAAAAAUAUCUACAGAGAUAAUAAAUUCAGAAUCACCUAGAUAAAACUAUCCUAACUUUCAUAUACACAAAGCCAGGCUUUGACCUGUUGCCAGAGCCAAGCUCUCUAGGCAGGUACUACAAUAUUAUGCAAAGAAGCCAUCAAACUAAGACCCCAAAACAUUGCAUUAAGCAUUAGUUACCAUUAGGAAAGGACUAAAAACAGAAAGCCAAGAGAACCUGUAUCAAAAUGCACUCUAAUUUGAAGUGCAGAAAGGUGCUAAUACAGUGUGUAAUUUUACUACAUUCUCUUUCAAAACAGAGCUAGUUACUUUAAAAAUAACUAUAUACUUUUAAAAUAACUGUAGGAUAGUGACUUUAGAAAGGACAAUUAGAAAUGGCACUUCUGCUUGGAAGGAGGAGGAAGGAAGAAACAGAUAGGGAGGGAAUACAAUGAGUUUUAAAAUCAGAAGUAACCUUGGGAAAAUGAACAGUCCUAGCUCUUUCCCAGCACAAGGAUACAGGGAAAAUGCUGAGUUAAAUUAUCAGGUGAAAGCAUCAAACGACAAAAAAAAUUCCUUGUUCUCAGUACAAUAAAAAUACUCCUAAGGAUAUAACAAGCUAUCAGAGGCUUUGACUACUUGCAGAAUUUUCCCAUGGGCUCCUCCAUAAUUGCAAAACGUUUCUGGAAGCAGGAUGGCCCUAGGAGCUGUCCCACAAGGAUCCCAGAGUCCCACGACAAAAAGCAUGAUGCAGAAGCAUUCUUUUGGUUCAGUGCUUCAUGAUGAAAGGUCCUCCAGUUUCAGUCCUCCUUUCCCCUUGGCAUCACUAAACCCAACCACUCACCAGAUGCCUGAGGACUGAAAGGCUAUUUUCUUCGAAGCAACACAGAGGGCAUUGUCAAAUUAUGCUUAAUAGAUGACAAAAAAUGUGUUUUUCUAGCUGAGCAUGGGCUGUAACUACAGUAUUGUUCAUUUAUGAAGGAGAGCACACACUGUAAAACAAAUUUACAUCUUCCUUAUUAUACAUUUACAUUUCACCAGAAGAACCCCCUUCUCCAGGGAGAAAUCUUCUCUGAAUGGUCUGGGCACAGCCUGAGGAGAAGUCAGUCACUACACUCACCCAUACCACCUCUGCAGAACACAUGGGGCCUGCAGUGCUCACAUUUUGCACAAGUGGUCUCCUCACGGUGGAUGCAACAGGCCUGGCUCACCCUGACCUGUCUGCAGCACACUAUAGCCCCAUCAUGAAACAUCACUGUACUUGACCUGCAAAUCCUUGCCAGGCUCCAAAGCUCUGCUCAGCCCCCCUGUCUGCAGCCAGAGCCUCUCCUGCUACAGUGGCUGGGAGGGAGCAGCCUGGCCCUUUGCCUUUAUCAGAUGGCUUAUCACCAUGGAGCUUGCCUCUUCCAGGCUCUCUUCCAGUACAUGGCCACUGGAAGCUGGAAGGUGAGAUACAGGCUCUGGUUCUCUUGCUGCUGCCAAAGGCAACAGUGUGAAACUGUGAGGCUCUAACCUCCCCUGAGAGAAAACCUACUGGUUUCCAGUGCUGACAGCCACAGAUAAAAGUUACAAGUCAGACAGCCAGAACUUUCAUUUCAGAAAGAGCUGUUGGUACUUUAUGAUGGGGUGCUGGAGCUUGCUGUGUCUAUUGAUACACCAACUGCUGGGCAGCCUAUAAGCUCAAGAGUGAAGCCAGCUGUAGCAAACAUUUGUCCCACAAAGAUCCCAGUCUGGGCUUGGGAAACCCUCUGCCUCUCACAUUCUCAUCAGUGAUUGUGCAGUCCUUGUUUAAAAGCAUUUUAAAAAGCUUCUCUAGCACCACAACCCCUUUCUGGACUAUUGUGCAAUGCAGACAUAGCUCCAUGUGUGGCCUCUGGCAAGUGAAGACACUGCAAUCCCACAUCUUCAAAACUGAGUAUGUAGCUCACUCUUGACCCCACCGCCUGCACAGCAGGACCGCGCUCAGCUGGACUGGAGCAGCAGCUGUAACUACUUCAGAGUUCAGAGUCAUGCACCAGGAUCCACCCUCUCAAAAAAGGUUAACUCUUUCCUGUGUGCUGCAAACACCAUGGCAAACACACUUCAAGUGCUUCUGUUCCCUGAAGACCAUCUGGUUGGAAUCACAAGGAGGGAAUAUCCUGCCAGGAUGCUGCAGUGAUGGGUGAGGGCAGUGGUGGGCAGACUGGCGGGAGGCUGUGGAGCACAGGCACUUGACUGCUUCAGUCCUUGGGCACCACUCAGAAACCUGUCUCUGCCUUGCUCCUAGGUCCAAACACACACCCUCCCAGCUCCAUGCAGAGCUCUCUCACCCACCAGGAGCUGCACAGGGAAUCGCAGCUACCACUGGAAGCUUAGUAAGCAGUUUCUCAGAACCACACUGUUGUGGGUGUGGUCAGCUCUCUGGCAUGGGUGCCAGCAGUAGCAGGAGGCAGCCUGCAGCUGGCACACACCGAAACAGGACACGACCAGUGAGAACCACCACCCGCGAAGACAAGCCACCUUCCCUGGUGCGGAUCUCAGCAUGUCAAAUUCAACAGCUGCCCACCCCACCAUCUGGGCAAGUGAGGGGGAAAAAAAAAAAAUAAAAAAAAAUCAGAAAUCUGCGUCUCAAAACAGCUGCAAAAAUGCAAAAAUGCUUCCAUCAGCCUUAAAGAUAUUUUGUUUGCACUGCCAGGAUACCUUACACAUCUCGGGAAGCUGGAUUAUACAGAACAGAUGCCACAGACAAACCUUUGCAAUCUGCCAUCAUCCAGUAUCACACACCAGAGAAAUACAAAAACAACAUGGACACUGAAGGCCUCUAAUAUUCCACGGAACAGCAUUUUUUGUUAACACUGAAAUAUAGUGGGGAAAAAAGAAAGAUCGACCAAUUUACUGGCUCGGUAACUGCACAGCUCAUAUAUCUGGAUUAUUUUUUAAGUUUCUUCUAGAAUAAACUGACUUUGUAACUUAAAUGUAUCACAACAAUUCAUUUCAAAUGUAAGAAAAAUUUUAUUGGUCCAUUAAACAUUAAAUCUAUAACAAUACAUUCGCUCAAUAUACAAAAGGAAGUGUCCAUAAAAACCAGUAACAUGCUAAAAAGGCAAAGCUGUUGACUAUUUUAUAAGUAAGAUCUUACAAUUCUGGAAUCUUACCAAUCCUUAAAAGUCAAACUGUUACAGUUACUAAAGACCACAACACUUGCAAAAAAGUUAAAUAAACUAGCAAACUUCCACUUCACUGGGCUACAGCUUAAUAAAAUAAAACCACACAUUCACACCAAAAAGUUCCCUUGAGAUAUUAAGAACCUUGAAAAAGACUAAUUAAAAUCCCCUCACCAUUAAGAUAAUGUGUUUAUAUUUUGACUGUUUUGCAUCCAGUUUUUGAACAUGGCAUAUAUGAGACUGAACAUCAUGCAUCAGUGGUGAACAAAAAGCAGACACUGAAACCAUAUGUUCCUAGUAAAUCUUUUCUCAGCUUGUAUAUUACAAGUAGAAUGGUUUUAUCUGGAAGCUAAUUCUCUGCACUUUAAGUCUGCGUGGAUGUCCAAAGGACACCUAAGCACCUGGACUUGUAUCAGUAAGAGGAAAACUAAAGCUAUGGUAUGUCCAAUGAUCCAUUAUUUCCCCAUAGCUUUCCAAAAUUCUUGGCUUCGCACUUUCUUCUUGGCUUCACGCUGAGGCUUCUUUGGCAAAAAGCAUGGCUGCAAUGCUGCACCCUGCAGCUCUGGUGACUUUAGCCCUGGAAACUUUAGGCUGCUGGAGUGGUUUCAAAGCUGAUGAAUGUGGCUCUGAACAAGUCUGUGGAAAUGCCUGUACGCUAUGCUCUGGGAACUCUCAGAGACUGGCAAGCAGUGGGGAAGCCAACGUGGCUUACAUCUGAAAUAAAUUCUAACUUUUUAAAAACAACAUUUUUGAACAGGUGUGGAAAGAAGCAAAUCCAGAUUCGAUAAAAACCCCUCAACAAGACUUACAGAAUCCCCUUGAGCAUUAGAAAGCAGUCGUCGUGCCAGUCUCUCAAAGCUGCUGCUUCAAACUCUGCACAAUAUGUCUACAACCCCAUCCUGGGGCACUUGAACACUACCAUGAGGAUGUAAAAAAUGCACAGACAUACCAGUUCCCAAGCUACGUAUCCUGUUCUGAGUAAAAAAAAAGCUACAGCUUUCUAAGCACUUGACUCCUGGCAUUCAUUUGUACAGUCAUGCGAAACACUGAAUUCUAACUACUGGUUACAAAACUGAAAACACGAGUAAAAUCUCAUGGUGUUCAUUGUGUGUUUCCCUCCCACAAGAACUCGUAGGCCACUUCAGAAAACAAAGAAGCAGUUUUCACAGAAGAAAACUGAUCCAUGUAAUAAGCUAUGAUCUUUGACUCUGCUUCAAUGCUGCAGGUUGUCCUGCUAUGGAAAGCAAAGGAUCGGUAAGACUUGGCAAAGAGGUCUUUGCUAGUUUCUAGCACCAAAAACAUCCCAUUUGACAGGCAGCAAGUUGUCUGGGAAUGAAGGAGGUUUACAUUGCCUUUAAAAAACAUAUCCAAGGAGAAAAAGGCAAAUAAAAUGAGGAGAUACAGUCUCCA